UACUCUAAGACUGACUACAGUUAAUAGCCAUGUCCUGAUGUUGCCAUGUCCUGAUGUUGCCAUGUCCUGAUGUUGCCAUGUCCUGAUGUUGCCAUGUCCUGAUGUUGCCAUGUCCUGAUGUUGCCAUGUCCUGAUGUUGUCAAGCCAAACGAUCACGAUUAUGAACAUAUACUGUUACUCGUGCUUUGACUUUCCCAGGUGUGCGGGAAGUCGUUCAACAGAAUGUACAACCUGCUGGGUCACAUGCACCUCCACGCCGGCUCCAAACCCUUCAAGUGUCCUUACUGCUCCUCCAAGUUUAACCUGAAGGGGAACCUCAGCCGACACAUGAAGGUCAAACACGGCAUGGACAUCUCACCUGACGGACAAGAUGCUCUUCCUGAGAUGGAGGGCCAGGGCCACUAUGAGGAGGACAACUUUGACUUUGGGACCUCAGGGGCAAACAACAACAUGGAUAAUGGAGGCUCCCAGAACCUCACCAAGCUCACCACGGCCAACAUGGACGACAUGGACAACUAUUACAACUUUGGGAAGGAUACAGCUAACUACAACACGUCUUGAGCAGUAGGAGAAAAGUGUUAAUGGACUACAGACCAUUAGACACCAUGGAUUAAUGGAGAAGAGACCAUGGGUUAAUGGUGUAUUAACUGCAGACCAUGUGUUAAUGUAGAGGAGACCAUGGGUUAUUGGUGGACUAACUACAGACCAUGGGUUAUUGGUGGACUAACUACAGACCAUGGGUUAUUGGUGGACUAACUACAGACCAUGGGUUAUUGGUGGACUAACUACAGACCAUGGGAAAACAGAAAGGAAAAUGCCACACUGCUGCUCAUGCUCCCAGCUGAUAUUUAUUUAUAACGUUUCCACCCUUAGGUCUUCAUCAGGUAUCCAGGACCUAAUGGUGGAAAGAUUGUUAUAAAUAAAUAUCUGGGAGCAUGAGCAGCAGUGUGGCGUUUCCCUUUCUGUUUUCCAUGAGUUUACCUAUAACUCCAGCACCUGUGGAAAGUACCUGGAUGUGUGUAUGUUCUUCAGCUUUUGUUAAUGGAGAGGAGACCAUGGGUGGGGAACAGACAACAUGGCUGCCGUGCUGUGGCAGUGAGAGAGACUGGGUUAGGGCGUGCUGUGGCAGUGAGACUUGGUUAGGGCGUGCUGUGGCAGUGAGCGAGACUAGGUUAGGGCGUGCUGUGGCAGUGAGAGAGACUGGGUUAAGGUUAGGGCGUGCUGUGGCAGUGAGACUAGGUUAGGGCGUGCUGUGGCAGUGAGAGAGACUAGGUUAAGGUUAGGGCGUGCUGUGGCAGUGAGACACGGGGAGGGGGUUCAUGGACUCUUUAAGAACCAGAACUGACCUGUCCUGAUGGAGGGGCAGGACAUGCACUUCAACAGCCAAUCCAUGCCACCCGUCUCUGAUAGAAGUGACUCUGAGACUGACAAUUGGGUCUAGAAGUCCUUUGGGAUAUUCUACCAGUCAUGAU